CAACAAACUUCCACAUUCCUAAAAGAACACCCAGAUCUAAUGGUAUUAACUAGCGAUAAAGGUAAUGCCACAGUCCUGAUGAUGAGAGAACAAUACCUAAAUCUGAGCCAACAACUCGUAGAUGAUAGUAAAUACUAUCAGCCACUCCUCCGCAACCCCACAUCAACCUAUACCAACAAAAUCAAUAAAUACAUCACUGAUCUAAAAAACAAAAAUAUAAUUGAUGAGAAACUAGCCAAAUCCCUCCAUAAUUACAAUGGCUACGCCCCCAGGUUCUAUUGCCUUCCCAAAAUCCAUAAGCCCCAACUGAGUAUGCGUCCCAUAUUAUCGUCAAUAAAUGCUCCAAAUACCAAUAUUGCCCAAUUCUUAACCGACAUCCUUUCCAAAGCAUACAACUAUAAGAAUGACAUCAAUAUAAUAGAUUCUUUCCAGUUCAGUGAUUUUAUCAACAACUAUCAACUGCCAAGUGAAUAUGUCUUAGUAAGCUUUGACGUGGUUUCUUUAUUUUCAAAUCUUCCAUAUUCAAGCGUUGUGACUUCCCUCAGAAACCAUUGGAAUGAAAUCCAACCUCACAGUCCAGUAUCGUGGGAAACUUUUUCUGAAUUACUAAAACUUACAUUUGAUACCAAUUAUCUUAUAUUCAACGACAAAUAUUACCGUCAAAUUUUUGGAACGCCCAUGGGAUCGUCGAUUUCCCCCAUCUUAGUCAAUUUCGUACUUGACGAUCUCAUCAACGACAGUAUCAGUAAGUUAGAUUUCCAAGUUCCCUUUGUAAAGCGUUAUGUCGAUGACUUAAUCCUUGCAACACCACCAGAUAAGAUUCAGAGCACCUUAUCAGUUUUUAACAGCAUUGAUACUCACCUCCAAUUUACAUGUGAGUUAGAGGUUGAGAAUAGCAUACCCUUUUUAGAUAUGCGAAUCAUCCGCACAAGGGAUAACACAUUGGGUACCACGUGGUACAGGAAAGAAAUGGCGAGCAACCGUUUCCUAAAUUACCACUCUGCUCACCCAAUGAGAUAUAAACAUAACCUCGUACAAGCUCUUAGCCUUAGAGUACAUACAUUGACACAUACGCAGUACAAAGACGAAUCUCUGGGUCUACUUAAAUCCAUCCUCAUUGACAACUCCUAUCCCAUACCCAUCAUCAAUAAAUAUCUAUUUUCUAAAAGCUACGGUCGUUCUAUUUCUGAGGCACCUAACGGUGAAAUAUUAGCUUCCAUUUCCAAUAGCAUACAGUCAAACCAUCCCCCGAUCACUUCUGAACGAGCCAUAAAAUAUGCUUCCCUCCCGUAUUUUCCACAAGUCACAAAUAAGCUUACUAAACUGUUCAAAAAUUUACCCGUAAAAAUAGCCCUAAAAAACGCCAAAACUGUCGGAAAGUUGUUUUCCAAAUCCAAAACUCCUUUGAGCACUAUAGAACAUACUAAUGUUGUGUACAAUAUUCCGUGUGCUGAGUGCCACUCCUCCUACAUAGGCCAGACUAGUCGAUCGCUUUUAGGUAGACUUACUUCACACAAAAGUGACAUUAGGAUGUCUAAACCCUCUUGUGCCCUAGCACAACAUGCCAUUUCCACUAAACAUCAUAUCGACUUCACUAAAGUCAAAAUACUCGCCAAACAUCAAAAUCAUCAAAGACGCACCUUCAUUGAGAUGUGUGAAAUUCUCAAAAAUCCAUCUGCUUUAAAUAAAAGAACUGACAUCGAUAAUUUGAGCCAGGUUUACCAUUCUCUCAUCAUACACAAUAAAUAAUCAACAUAUGUGUAUGUGUGUAUAUGUGUGCAUGUGUAUAUAUGUCUAUAUAUGUAUAUGUGUAUGUAUGUUCAUACAUAUAUGUAAGGUGUUGCCUACAGCCAGGCUUUUUUUCCCUUCCGUCAGCCAGGACUUCCAAUUCUUGUAGUCAAUCUUCACAGUCUUCGUCUUGCAACCCUUUCUUAGACACAGCCUCCGACUUCAUUUUUCCAAGAUUUUCUCGGUCGUCCUCUUCUUCUUGUUUGUCUUGGGCUUCAUUCUGCAACCUUGCCAUCCAUGUGUUUUCUGCUCCGCAGACGUGACCGUAUCAUUCAGUCUUCUCUCGUCCUUAUAAUGCAGGGCAUAUUUUUCCAUUGCAUCUCUCCUCAUCUCCUCACUUGUUACUUGGUCUUUCUUGUGAGACCACAACAAUUUCCCAGUUUUCCAUUUCGAUUGGGAAAUGCGCUUUUGGAUUGAUUUGUUUAUGACCGAAAUUUCGGAGGCAUAUGCCAUGAUGCUUCGUACAAUUAUUAAGUACAUCACAUUUUUCUUUGUUCUUUCCCUUGAUGUUCUUAUUCCAGAUCAUUAUAGAGUUGUCUGAUGCAAGAUCUGUUGUCCCAAUAUAUUUUUCAUUUUUAUUUCUGCCCCUGCUGUUCCGUUUUUCGACAUUACAAAACCCAAAUUUAAAAUUCCGUUCCUUUUAUUCCUACUUAUCUAUUGCCAAAUCAUUGACGUCUUCUUCCGAUAUUGCUAAGUAGUCCGUUUUUUCAUAUCUAUUUCCAGGCCCGCCGGUAUUUUUUUUUAUAACCCACAUAACCCAUAUUCUGAGAUGCAAAGAUUCAAAUAAUUCUGCCAUAAUAAAUCCCAUCUUACAUAACAAACAAAUCAACACAACCCAUAUUCCGAGAUUUAAAGCUUCAAAUAAUUCUGCCACAUUAUUCUACCCUUCGAACAAAAAAUUUCUCUAACACCCCUGUAUAAGUUAAGUCAAUAUUCUACCUCUUACUCAAGGGCUUGAGCCAUAAAUCUUACAAACAUGCGUGUCGUCGGCUAGUGGGUGGAUUUGGCAUAGGGAAAAAUAACAUCUCAUUUGCCGCUAAUUCGUCUAACGGUGAUCAACUACAAAUGAAGGCUUCAGUGAGAUUCAAAUCACCGAAUUAAAUAACUAGCCAAUGAACAUUAAUACAUGGUGUAUUUUUCCGCAGUGUAUCGUUAAGUUGUUGUUAUAGAAUGAGUAGUAUCUGUAGAAUUUUUGUUUUAACAUCUUAAACAUACUACAAAUUGCUUUUGAACUGAUGAAGCUUUCGAAAUUGUAAAGCGAAACGUUUUCAAUAUAUCAAUGAAGUAGUUGA